GUCGUUCUCCGUAGCUCUAGGGAUAGCAUCGGCUUGCCAGUUCCAAGAAAAAAAAAAUCUGGUUUCAAAAUUUAAUUUUUGUCACUUCCUUCCGAUCCGCAGUCUCAACCCUAGAUCGUUCGCAGCUGUCUGUUGAGCAAAACUUGAUAAAAAUUCUUCUCGCCAUCAUGGCUUCUGCUUCUCUUCGGUUCAUGAUCCGUGCCUCUCUCCAUUCUCUGAGGCCAACUAUCAUGCCUUCAAAAGCUGUGCCCACGGCGGCCGCGGCGAUGCGGUCUCCCCUCCCUACUUCCACCUCCAAAACGGCGUCUACUUCCUCCGUUCGUCAUUUCUCCAGGUCCCAUUUGGAAUUGGGUCGCUGCAUCUACUCUCUCUUACCAUUGCACACGGCGGUGGCAGCAGCGCGGCUGACUUCACGGCUGAGCUUGGCUUCACAGAGCUCUCGCGCUCUUUCUCAGGCUGAUUUUGAUGGUCCGUGAAAGUUGGUAUACAAAACCAUUGCAGAAGCUCUUCAUCAGCAAGAAGCUGGAGGUUUUUUUUAUCAGCUAAGGACCAAGUUUUGUUCUUGCCAUUAAAAGUGUUUCCAGCUUGGAUAUGGAGACACUUCGUUUUGUCAAAUCUUCUAUAUUGAAACCUACAAAUUUUGGUAAAUAAGCAAUCCCAAAUUUAUCUAUCUGUUUUUUCCUUCACUGCCAUUGUUAAAUGUAAGUUUCUGUGUGUAAGUUAAUUUCAUACUAGAAAUUUAGCCAAACUCAAACCCUGUACAAUG